AUGUUAAAGAAAAGUCCAAGCCCACCAGCAACGUAUGCAAAGUAUUUGGAUGAUUUCGAAGAAUGUGAUGAGACACAGACGAUACCAACCACGAGCUCUACCGGUUUACAUCGAAGUCCCGGGAAGGGCGUUAAUCGCCGACAGUUUUUGUCAGAAGGUUAUAAUAGCACAUUCGGAGAUUUCGAAUCCGUGGAAAGUAGCAAUUUUAGCGGCUUCAUGGAAAAUUCGGCUAUCAGUGAAUCGCAGUACCAAACGAAUGCAACAAAUUUCUAUUCCGACACCUAUAUGGGCAAUUAUGGAACGAAUUCUUUGAAUGACCAGAUAGGCUGCGCGCAGAAUGUUAGCAGCGAGCCAGCAAAGGAAAAUAGGCCCAAAUCAAUUUAUGAAUUAAAAGAACGAGAGAAAGCAGUAAAACAUGUGAACAAAAUUUGUUAUGCGUUCGCGAAAUUCGGAGAUUGUCAUUAUGGUGAAAGUUGUAAAUUUUCUCAUGAUCCGAAUUUGUUAGCCAAGCAACAGCAGUCGCUGCAACGGAUGGUAAUUAAUAAACCCCAGUGUAAUGAAAUAGAAGGCAGUGCGCAAAAACCUUAUAUAAAUGAAAUUGAAAGCUCAAGCGCAACAUGCCAUCAGUUGGAGCAACGUUUAAUUGAAAUUCAACGAGAACUCACGAUGUUAGAGGAAGAAGGAAAAAAGCCAAAGUCUUCAGUGGUUGUACCUCGGAGAAGCCAGUCAAUUUUUGGUAGUACUUCGAGGGCUGCUAUCAAUGUUGGCGGUGAUUUUAUCGUAAAAAUUGGAACAUCAUGUAAUGAUCGACAAGAAAACAGACGGAAUAGUUUUUGUGAAGAAACACAUCAAAACUUCGAAAAAGUGGGAGAUAGUAAUCACAAACGGUUUAAAAAAUCGAGUUUCCUGCCAGAAGAAAGGAUGCUUGCUGUUAGCGACGAUGAUAAUGAAGAAAAUAACAAAAAUGGAAAGAACAAUGAAAAGCCCCUCAAAUUGGACGAUGUUAUUGCCGAUGAAAUUUCAAGUUCUGAUGAUGAAGGGGAUUCAGCACCAUCAGUUAAAAAAACGAAGAUUCUAGUCACUGAAGAAAUUUCUGAUGACUCAGAUGCGAAACAAAGUGAAGUAGGUUCACUUGUUGAAGAAGAUGGUGAAUUGAGUUUAGUGUCCGAAGAUGAAGUACGAUGCGAUCAGAUCUCGGAUGAUGAACAUGAUAAUGGAGGUAUUACUGAACCUUUGGAUCUUACAUCGGUGGUCGAUCCGAAGCAGUUAAUUGAUAUCAGUGAAGAUGAGCUGGUAGAAGAAGAUGAGGGUGCUAGUACAAGUCAAAAAUCGAAAUCUUUACGUGAUAAACUUUGUUUCCCUGACGUUUUUGAUGACAACAUUCUUGUUCUGGAUUGCCUUUCCAAAAAGUUCGUCGAUGAAGUACGAUCUGAAGGUUUUGAUGUGGCAGCGUCGAAGCAACCGAAAAAACUGGAACUAUGCGAAUCUUUGCAUGGUGAUCGCCGCAUGUCUAGUUUGGAACAAAGGAAACAUAUAGAAGAGUAUUUGAAAUCCACUCUAUUGCUGCAGCAGAUGGACGGUGGUAAUAAUAAUAAAGCAUAUACCAAACUGUUAGAGGAGUCUAAACAACUUUGUUAUAAGCGAGGAGAUCAAUCCAUUUGA